AUAGAGGAAGAGAGUGAAGAGGGUCGCCGCGCGCCGAUGAUGAGGUCUUCUGUGGUGUUCCCGAUUGGAGAGGAAGGAGAAGGGGCCUCUCGGAGGACCCUCGAGAAUCGUCCCUCAGCCGUCGCGGCUUUCCUGAGAAGAGUGAACGGCGAGCAUGACAAUAGAAGAGUAGUCCAUGGUGUCAAGGUCGGGAUCGCGCUCGUUUUGGCCUCGGUUGUCUCCUCUGUAGGUCCGCUCUACAAGUUUGUUAAGGAAGAUGCCGUGUGGGCUGUCAUGACCGUGGUGGUCAUGUUCGAGUUCUAUGCAGGCGCGACAUUGAGCAAGGGAUUGAACCGUGCGGCGGGGACUUUAUCGGGUGGCAUGUUGGGGUGCCUGUCGGUGAUCUUAGCUAAAUUCAUUCCCGGCCAGGUCGGGAGCACCAUUGGCGUUGGCACCGCGGUAUUCAUCUCCGGUGCUGCGGCUACAUAUGCUCGGUCAAUUCCUUGCAUAAAGAGGAAAUACGACUACGGUGGCAUGAUCUUCAUCCUCAGCUUUAGUCUGGUAGCCGUGUCCGGUAUCCAAUCCCAAGACGCCAAGGGAAUCCUGAAGAUCGCCCUUCAGCGCCUUGGGACGGUCACGAUCGGGUUUUGGGCCUCCAUUUUAACGAGCUUGUUCAUCUUCCCUAUUUGGGCUGGCGCUGAACUUCACACAUCCAUGGCCCCAAAAUUCGAGCUCCUUGCUUGUUCGAUGGAAGGACUAUUGGAGAGGUACUUUGAGGUGGGAGCCGAUAAGGACAGCAAGGCUGACGGAAACUUCAAAAGCUGCAGACCGGUUCUGAAUUCGAAAGCAAAGGACGAGUCCCUGGCGCUUUUUGCGAAAUGGGAAAAGUGGAACUGGAAAUUUGGGCUAUCUUAUCCAUGGGACAAGUAUCUAAAGAUUGGAGAGCUUCUUAGGGAGUUAGCAGCCACCAUUGUUGCACUUGAAGUUUGUAUUAAGUCUUCUAGGCAGCCGGCCGCAGAUGUAAGACGGUUGAUCAAGGAACCUUGCGAACUGGUUGCGUCAUCCCUCACGAUGACUCUCCGGGAGCUUGGGGAGAGCAUCAUGAAUAUGAGAAGGUGCCAAUCGAAUGUGCGAGCCGUGCAAAAGCUCAGGACGUCAUGGCUUGUACUGAGGCUCUACAAGUCUCCCGCCAAGCUCGAGCAUGUCUGCGACCCAGGCCAGGAUCUCGCUGUCUCGUCCUUCGUGUUCUUACUCACAGAGAUGGUGGAGAAGCUGGAAUGGCUGGUGAAGGAGGUGGAAGAGCUUGGUGACCUCGCUAAAUUCAAGAUUAAUGAUAUAUAAUUUAGAAAUAUUCGGGAAAGCACGUUAGAAGUGCCAAAAAUUAUGUACAGCGCUCACUUUAGUGACAAAAGUCUUUACUAGCUCGCAUAGGUGCUAAAUCAAUAAAAUAAAAUAAAAACGAUUACUCGUGUACCUUUGA